GCCGAUGUGCAUGAUAGGCUCCAAAGACUAUACGCGGGCUAGUGUGAUCGCCCAACGCCAGUCGCAAGGGGAGCUACUCGAUUCGCCAGGCUAUAUAAUGCCCGGGUUCGCGCUGCGAAAUUCUCACACAGACACGCCGAUCGAGCAGUACUACACACACACACACACACACAGUGAACACAAGCACGCUUAAUCGAGGUGCGCUAGCUAGUAGCUACUGAUCCAUACCUACCGACCGAGGCGACCGAAGAUGAUAAUCGGAGGGAUCAUCAAGAAAAUCAAGGAGAGCAAGAAUGCGCAGCUCAAGGGGACGGUGGUGCUGAUGCGCAAGAACGUGCUGGACCUCAACGACUUCGGCGCCUCCCUCCUCGACGGCAUCGGCGAGUUCCUCGGCAAGGGCAUCACCUGCCAGCUCAUCAGCUCCACCCUCGUCGACACCAACAAUGGGAACCGUGGGAAGGUGGGCGCGGAGGCGGAGCUGGAGCAGUGGAUAACGAGCCUGCCGUCGGUGACGACGGGGGAGUCCAAGUUCGGGGUGACGUUCCAGUGGGAGGUGGAGAAGCUGGGCGUCCCCGGCGCCAUCAUCGUCAAGAACUACCACAGCAACGAGUUCUUCCUCAAGACCAUCACCCUCGACAACGUCCCCGGCCGCGGCAAGCUCACCUUCGUCGCCAACUCCUGGAUCUACCCCGCCACCAAGUACCGCUACAACCGCGUCUUCUUCGCAAACGACACGUACCUCCCGAGCCAGAUGCCGCCGGCGCUGAGGCCGUACCGCGACGACGAGCUCCGGAACCUGAGGGGCGAUGACCAGGAGGGCCCCUACGAGGAGCACGACCGCGUCUACCGCUACGACGUCUACAACGACCUCGGGAAGGACCGCCCGGUCCUCGGCGGCAACGCCGACUACCCUUACCCACGCCGCGGCCGCACCGGCCGCAAGCCCAGCAGGAAACAGCCGCAGCUGGAGAGCAGGCUGAAGUCGAUCCUGCAGCAGAUCUACGUGCCCCGGGACGAGAAGUUCGGCCACCUCAAGAUGUCCGACUUCAUAGGGUACUCGAUCAGGGCCAUCACGCAGGGGAUCCUGCCGGCCGUGCGCACGCUGGUUGACUGCACCCCGGGCGAGUUCGACUCGUUCCAGGACAUCAUCAACCACUACGAGGGCGGCAUCAAGCUGCCCAACAUCCCGGCCCUGGAGGAGCUGCGCAAGCGCUUCCCGCUUCAGCUCAUCAAGAACCUUCUCCCCGUCGGCGGCGACUUCCUCCUCAAGCUCCCCAUCCCGCAGAUCAUCAAGCAGGACAAGCACGCCUGGAGGACCGACGAGGAGUUCGCCAGGGAGGUCCUCGCCGGCAUCAAUCCCGUCAUGAUCACGCGUCUCACGGAGUUCCCCCCGAAAAGCACUCUUGAUCCUGCCAAGUACGGCGACCAUACCAGCACCAUCACGGCGGCGCACGUCGAGAAGAACCUCGAGGGCCUCACCGUGCAGCAGGCCCUUGAAAGCAACAGGAUGUACAUCCUGGAUCACCACGACCGGUUCAUGCCGUUCCUGAUCGACGUCAACAACCUGGAAGGCAACUUCAUCUACGCCACCAGGACACUCUUCUUCCUGAAAGGUGACGGCAGGCUCACGCCGCUCGCCAUCGAGCUGAGCGAGCCCAUCAUCCAGGACGGCCUGAAAACCGCCAAGAGCAAGGUCUACACACCGGCGUCGGCCGGCGUCGAGGCCUGGAUCUGGGAGCUCGCCAAGGCCUACGUCUCCGUCAACGACUCCGGGUGGCACCAGCUCGUCAGCCACUGGCUGAACACCCACGCGGUGAUGGAGCCGUUCGUGAUCGCGACGAACCGGAACCUCAGCGUGACGCACCCGGUGCACAAGCUGCUGAGCCCGCACUACCGCGACACCAUGACCAUCAACGCGCUGGCGAGGCAGACCCUCAUCAACGCCGGCGGGAUCUUCGAGAUGACCGUCUUCCCUGGCAAAUUCGCCCUGGGGAUGUCGGCCGUCGUGUACAAGGACUGGAACUUCACCGAACAGGCCCUCCCCGCCGAUCUCCUCAAGAGGGGCGUGGCCGUGGAGGACCUGUCGAGCCCGUACAAGGUGCGGCUGCUGAUCAAGGACUACCCGUACGCGGCGGACGGGCUGGCCAUCUGGCACGCGAUCGAGCAGUACGUGAACGAGUACCUGGCCAUCUACUACCCCAACGACGGCGUGCUCCAGGGCGACGUCGAGCUACAGUCAUGGUGGAAGGAGGCGCGCGAGGUCGGGCACGGUGACCUCAAGGACGCGUCCUGGUGGCCCAAGAUGCAGACACUUCCCGAGCUAGCCAGGUCCUGCACCACCAUCAUCUGGAUCGCCUCGGCGCUGCACGCGGCCGUCAACUUCGGGCAGUACCCCUACGCCGGGUACCUCCCGAACCGGCCCACGGUGAGCCGGCGCCGCAUGCCGGAGCCCGGCACCAAGGAGUACGCGGAGCUGGAGCGCGACCCGGAGCUGGCUUUCAUCCACACCAUCACCAACCAGAUCCAGACCAUCAUCGGCAUCUCGCUGCUGGAGGUGCUCUCCAAGCACUCCUCCGACGAGAUCUACCUGGGCCAGCGGGACACGCCCGAGUGGACGUCGGACGCCAAGGCCCUGGCCGUGUUCCAGCGGUUCAGCGACCGGCUGGUGGAGAUCGAGGGCAAGGUGGUGGGCAUGAACAAUGAUCCCAGCCUCAAGAACCGCAAUGGCCCUGCCAAGUUCCCCUACAUGCUGCUCUACCCCAAUACCUCCGACCGCAACGGCGCCGCCGCCGGCAUCACCGCCAAGGGAAUCCCCAACAGCAUCUCCAUCUGAUAUUAAUUCUGGAUCCUAUCUGAGCAACGAGCAGUCGCCGGCCGCUUCAUUAUUUGUUUCCAUCGUUCAUUCUUUCGUCGUAAUAAGCCAGCGCCAACCAUGGCACGGCGGCGUUCGGCAUUCGCUAGUGCUACGUCCAUUGUACUCCUGCUUACUGCUAGUGCGAAAAUAAACAUUUGUACGAACCGUUGGGUAACGGAGAGACCGACCGGUGCUGUGAGAUCAGCUUGUACGCGUCAACGCAUUGAUCCUUGUGUUUGUUUCCCCUUGGCCAUUGCCUAUAAGUAAAGCAGAUUUGUUUCCUCA